AUGUCUAAAUUUUUGUUCUACGUCUUCUGUGGCUUUUUCUCCGUCUACAUGAUCGCUGGCCCUGGCUGCGGUGUUGUCUGCAAUCUGAUUGGUUUUGGCUAUCCAGCGUACUGUUCGGUUAAGGCGAUUCGGACUGAUACCAAAGAUGACGACACUCAGUGGCUCAUCUACUGGACGACGUUCGCUGCCUUCUCUAUUGUGGACUUCUUUGCCGAGUCUAUAUAUAAAUGGUUCCCGCUCUACUGGCUCGCAAAAAUCAUCUUUCUGCUAUACCUGGCUCUGCCACAAACCCAAGGGGCGCACAAUCUGUAUGUCCAGUAUGUGGAUCCGCUGUUCGACAAAAUGAAUAUGUGA